GAUUCUGUUCAUCUGAAUGUAAAAUUCUCCAUGGAAGGGACGUUUUGUCAGUCAAGUGACUUCCUCAGUUUCAGUUGACAGGUUUCCACAAUUUUAGAAACAGUACUUUUCCAUAAUGAGCAAAAUGAUCACAGUGGACUAACAAUGGGUUAUGAGGUCAAUUUCGUGACCAUUAAUAUGGAAAUUUUCAUGACCAUUUAUCAAUAAGUAAUUAGUACAAUUCACAGAAAGUUGGAGAAUGGUUGCAGUCACAUAUGAUAUGCGUAAUAUGUGACCUGAAGAUGGCUCCAAGAGCAGACACACUCAGCAAGCUAAUGUUCAGAGUGGUCCUGUUGCUGAGGUGGAGUCAUCCUAUCAUCUCUUUCAAACUACCUUCACUACUUAAGUUACUAGAGGUAACUGAAGGUAAGGGCAGGUAAAUGGUGAUGCAACAUGAUAUGAGACAUUGUUUUAUUUUCAAUAAUAGCAUAUCUCACCUUCUCCUUGAUAUCCAAAGUGUUUUGAGCCAGAAAUCUUGAUAUAUUGCAUAUAGCCAAGUUGAACACACAGACAAUAGGUCUUAGGUAAACCAUACAGUGCUUUGUUUUUUUAAAUCACAAAUGUCAUUGUGUUUCAGACUGAGUGGCUGUAACCUCUCAGAGAGAAGUUGUAAAGCUCUGUCCUCAGUUCUCAGCUCUCAGUCCUCUAAUCUGAGAGAGCUGGAUCUGAGUAACAACAACCUGCAGGACUCAGGAGUGAAGAUUCUCUCUACUGGACUGAAGAGUCUGUGCUGUACACUGGAAACUCUCAGUCUGUCAGGCUGUCUGCUCACAGAGGAAGGCUGUACUUCUCUGGCUUCAGCUCUGAGUUCCAACCCCUCUCAUCUGAAAGAGCUGGAUCUGAGCUACAAUCAACCUGGAGACUCGGGACUAAAACUGCUGUCGGCAGGAUUGAUGGAUCCAUCCUGGAGACUAGACACUCUCAGGGUGGAGCCUGCUGGAGUCCGAUGGUUGGAACCAAGUCUGAGGAAGUAUUCCUGUCAACUCACAAUCGACACAAACACAGUGAACACAAACCUCCAACUGUCUGACAACAACAGGACUGUGACACAUGUGGACGAGAUUCAAUCAUAUCCUGAUCAUCCAGGCAGAUUUGAUCAACUUCCGCAGCUGCUGUGUAGAAAUGGUCUGACUGGUCGCUGUUACUGGGAGGUCGAGUGGCGAGGAGGGGUUCUCAUAUCAGUGAGUUACACAGGAAUCAGAAGGAAAGGAAACAGUAAAGAUGUUGUGUUUGGGUGGAAUGAUCAGUCCUGGUGUCUCUACUGCUCUGAUGAUGGUCCUGAUUCCGUCAGGCACAAUAACAAAGGAACAUCCAUCAUCGCCUCCGCCUCCUCCUCCUCCUCAUCUGUCUCUAACAGAGUAGCAGUGUAUGUGGACUGUCCUGCUGGCACUCUGUCCUUCUACAGAGUCUCCUCUGACACUCUGAUCCACCUCCACACCUUCAACACCACAUUCACUGAAACUCUUUAUCCUGGAUUUAGAGUCUAUCCUGGUUGUUCUUUGAAAGUGUGUGUAGUUGAGGCAUAAGUGUCCUCCUGUUAGAGAAACACUCUGACUGUUGAACAGAUAGUUCAGUCUGUACAUGUCUGUCUCUUUCACUCAGAAACAUGUUUUCAGAUUCAUGGAUUCAAUCAGUUGAUGUUUGAAACUGUUCUAAAUGAUUCCUUGUAAACUUCUUCCUCUUCAGUCCUUUAAAGAUGGAAGCUCCCAUUAGUACAUGAUCCAGGAUAUCCAGGAUACAGGAUCAUGUUGUUCUUCUGUCUUUUUCCAGUCAAAGCUUCACAGUGAAUAUCAGUAUGUUGUGUUUCUCUGAAACUUAUGAAGGUCACUUUUAAAUAAUAUUAUAUAUAUCUAAUGAUUGAUUCGUGCUGUCAUUUAUGGUAUUUAUUAUAUAGUAAUACUAAAUCAAAGCUGUUGACUUGUGACUGUACAAAAUAGAUGUGAUUUGAGUAAA